AUGGGUAAAUCGUACAUCGAGAAGAUAAGGAACGUAAUACGCAUUCCGGCCACCUACUCACAUAAGCUGGCUAUAGACCCCAUCCAGGCCAUUCUCGCUUCUAAGGGUGUUGAGUACACCCACGAGAACUCGGAGGUCAUUGGGUCAUCAAAAGUCGAGGACGAAUUAGCUCGACAAGCCGAGCUAGCCGCGUAG